AUGCAGCCCCAGGCCCUUCUCUGCGCACUGCACCUGGCGGCCAGCCCGCAGGGCCCCUGGACGGCCCCCGAGCGCUUCUGCCUCACUGUCCACCCCAGCGAGCCCCAGCCCCCUCCGCCUCCGCCUGCUCGCUGCGUGCGGCCGGUCACAGCCCUCCCCACGCAGCAGCAGGGUGUGGUGCGCAGCCUCUCACAGCCCGGUUCCGUGCUGACCGUAACAGACCCACUGAGCUUCGAGGACAGCAAGCCGGCCGGCAUCGCCUCAGCCCAGCCUCACUCGGCACUGGGCCCGGGGAAGCCCAGCCCAGCCCGGGAGCCUCAGGGUCGCCGCCGCUGCCGCAGCCCGCCGAGGGGGGGCAGCAGUGUGUCGCAGGUUCUCCUCGCCAGGGUCCCAGUCGCUCACCGGGCGCAGCGCGACCUUACCAGUCUUCAGAAAACAGCACUUCCCGCCGACGACAAGAUAGAACCCUCUGAAGACUCAUUUGAGACGAUGAUGGAGCCUAAGAAUCCAUCAUCAAAACAAAUGGAGUCCUCCGAGGGCUCACCCAAGACCACCACUGCGGCAGCAGGCAGAGGAGCGCAGGAGGGGGCGGGGCCGGCCCGCGGCCCAGCCCAGGGAAGGGAGGAGCCACCCAGGGGCUCGCUGGAGAAAAUGGAAGAGCUGCCCACUGAUCUACUCCAAGACAUGGAGGAGCCAUCCAGUGGCCCACGUAAGGAAUUAGAGGAUCCACCCAAUGACCUACUCCAAGACCUGGAGGAGUCAUGCAACGGCUCACGCCAGCCGACGGGGGGUCCACGCAGCGAAGCCUCGGAGGGAGCCUGGGACAACCCGGCCGGAGCCACAGCAGGGCCGGGCGACGACACCGACGUGGAGGCAGAAGGGGCAGAAGCGAAUCCCGAGGAGGGCCAGGGCCAGGGAGAAGGCCAAGGCCAGGGAGAGGGCCACGGCCAAGUGGAAGCCAUGUCCAUGAUACAGUCCAUCAUCUCGCUGUACCUGCGCAUGCAAGACCUCAACGAGCAGCAGAGAGUGGCGGAAGAGAUCCUGGCCAGGGGCAUCGCCGCCGGCCAGCUGCCCGCCCCCCAGCGCUUCUCGGGCGACCGCAGGGAGUUCCGCGAGUUCAUCGUGCUCUGCCAGCUCAUCCUGCAGAGCUGCCCCCGGGGGUUCUGCAGCGACCGGCAGCGCGUGCAGUACGUCAUCAGCCACCUCUCCGGCCUGGCCCUGCAGUGGGCCAGGACCCUGGUGGAGCAGAGCAGCCCCCUGAUGGAGAACUUCCCGGCCUUCCUCGAAGCCAUGUCCGAGGUGUUCGAGUACCGGCAUUCGCUGCGCGUGGCGGAGGACGCCAUGUUCAACAUCAGGCAGGGCGCCCGCCCGGCCGCAGAGUACAUCACCGAGUUCCGCAGCCUGAUACCCACCCUGGGCUGGCCGGACGAGGUCCUGCAGGCCCACCUGUGCCAGGGGCUCAACGAAGACAUCCGCCACUACCUCUUCCGGGUGCCCCAGCCGGACUCGCUCGACAGCCUCAUCGUGCUGGUCCUGCAGAUAGAGGAGAAGCUGGCCGAGCGGAGGGCGGUGCUGAGGCUGCCCCCCGAGGCCCGCCCGCGGAACCUGACCUGGAUCGACUCACCUGCGCCGGAGAGGUGGAUGGUGAGCAGCUGGCUGCCCAGCGAGGUCCACCCGGCCAUCAACCGGGCCCACCUCUUCCUGCUGCUCAUGGUGCGCGUGAACCCCUACCACAGCGUGGCCGUCCAGGCCCUGGUCGACUCGGGGGCCGAGGGCAACUUCAUGGACGAGAGGUUCGCGCAGGAGCACUACGUGGAGCUGUACCAGAAGCCCUGCCCGCAGUCCAUGCAGUCCGCGGCCGCUGGCUCGCCGAUCGGCGACGAGCCCGUCUGGCUCCACACCGAGCCCCUGGUGUGCAUCCACCAGAACCACCAGGAGUCCAUCGCCUUCGACGUCCUACCUUCGCCCGACUUCUCCGUGGUGCUCGGCACCCGCUGGCUGCGAGUCCACGCCCCCGACAUCGACUGGAUCAGGGGCCGCUGCACCUUCCACUCUCCCUACUGCCUGCAGCACUGCUUCCGCCCGCCCCCGCCAUGCAUCGCCCUGGAGCGGCACAGCCUGAGCCUGCUCCCCGGACUGCCGCACCCGUACUCAGACCUGGCCGACGUGUUUAACCCGAAGGAAGCAGAUGAGGAGACUUCCGACCAGCCAAGCUCAGACGGAUCCGAUGAUCUUUCUGAAUCAGAGCCCUCUGAGCUUCAGCAGGCUGGAGACAGUGAUCACAGCGAGACCUUCUAUGAGUGUCCCUCCACCGCGCCCUGGGAGCCCGUGGGUGCGAGGAUGCAAGCGCAAGCCAGGCAGCAGGAGGAGUGCUGGGCACUGCGCGCCAUGCUCACGGACAGGCAAGACUACAUCCAGCUGAUCCCCGAGCUGUUCGACCAGCUGCACGGGGCGGCCUGGUUCACCAGGCUGGAGCUGCGGGGGAGCGUGGUGCCGGGCAGCCUGGGCGUGGCCCGCACCGAGGACACGUGGCGGGCGGCCUUCGGCUUGGAGCCGCAGGACACGAAGAGCUACCGGCCCUUCCCGCAGUCCCCGGACCCCGUCAUCCCUCAGCACGUGAUCCACUGUAUCCUCAAGGACAUGCUGGGCUUCUUCGUGCUCUCCUCGGGCCAGGAGGUCCUGGUCUACUCCAUGUGCCGGGAGGUGCACCUGCAGCACGUGCGCCAGGUGCUGCUGCGCUUCCGCCACCACCGCGUGUACUGCUCGCUGGACAGGAGCCAGUUCCACCGGCACGCGGCCGAGUUCCUGGGCUUCGUCCUGACGCCCAAGGGCGUGAAGCUCAGCAAGACCACGGUGGGCGCCAUCGUCACCUACCCGCUCCCGACCUCGCGGAGGGGCCUGCGCGGCUUCCUGCAGCUAGUGCUCCCCUACCGCCACUUCGUGGAGCGCUUCUGCGCCGUCGCCGAGCCGCUCGUGCAGCAGCUGCUGCGCGGCGACGCCGACGACUCGGCGCCCUUCUCCUGGGGCCGGGCGGAGCAGGAAGCCUUCGACGCGCUGCGGCGCGCCUUCCGCCGCGCGCCCCUGCUGCACCACCCGAAGCCCCAGAACCGCUUCUACUUGGAGACGGGCGUCUCCGGCGCGGUCCUGCACGCGGCCCUCAUCCAGGCGGACGAGCAGACCGGCCGCCGCGUCUCCUGCGCCUUCUACUCGCGCAGCAUCUCGCCCAUCGAGGUGGGCUCCUCGGCCGUGGAGAUGCGCGUGCUCGCCGUGCGCGCGGCCCUGGUGGUGUGGAGCCGCUACCUGGAGAACACCGAGGAGCCUAUCAUGAUCCUUCUCAACAGCGAGGAUCUAGCCUCUCUGAACAAUGACAGGCUCACCGUACUUCUCCCGGGGCACUGGGCCUUCUUCUUCUCCCACUUCAACUUCGACGUCAUGCCGCUGCCCGCGCGCGACCACGACGACACCGGCCAGCGCCGGCCGCCCCUGGGCUGCGCGCGCUCCCUGCUGCUCUCGGCCGCCCGGAGGUCCCAGCGGGACCCCCCUGCAGAGCCUGGCGGUGGCGGCGGAGGCCAGGAGGCGGAGGAGGAGGAGGACGCGCCGGGCCCCGAGGAGGAGGCCCGCGGGCAGAGCCUGGCGCGGGAGCUGCUGGCCAUGAUCCCCGUGCACCACAUCCUCCAGAGCUUCCUGGCCCACUUCAGCGUGGCCCAGAUCCGCGCCGUGCUGCUGCACUUCUUCCGCGGCCUGCUCUACUGGAAGAGCGUGUUGGCCCUGGCCGCCCUGCUGGUGCUGCUCAGGGCGCGCCGCCGCCUCUCGCUGCCGCCGCCCCCGCCAACGCCACCAACGCCGCCCCCGCACGCACAGCCCACCCAGCCCCCAGCCCGGCGCUCGCUGCGCCUGUUCCUGGACACGUCCCUCAUGGCGGGCAGCGGCCUGGCCACGGCCGCCGUGCAGCUGCUCACGCAGAUGCCGCCGCUCGCGGGCGCCAACGCCCUCUCGGCCCGGGAGCUGCUGGAGCUGCUCCUGGGCCCCGGCCACUGGCCACCCCACGGCCCGCUGGCCCCGGCCGCCCGGCGGGCGCUGGGCGAGCUCCUGGGCCUCCGGCCCACCCCGCGGCGCGUGGCGCCCGGCAGCCGCUCCCCGGAGCUGCACGUCGUCGGCGAUGAGGAUGUCGCCUUGCGAGAAGCCCUGCAAGACGACCUGCAACGUUACCGUCAGAGUGGCCUGCGUGACGGCCUGCAAGACAGCUCGCAGGGCGCGCAGGCCAACGACGUGCGCGAGGCGCGCGAGGCCCUGCCCGCCAGCGCCCCCGAGGCACACACCGCGCUCGCCCUCCCUCGCCCGCGCUCCCUGCUGCACCCCGAAGUCCUCGACUUCCUGGGCAUCCGCCUGCUCCACGUGCGCGGCCGCCUCCCCCUGCUCAGCCGCCAGCAGGUGGCCCAGGCCCUGAACCGCUUCCUGGCCUUGGCCCAAGCGCAGACGCCGCCCGCUCCCAGCCCGGAGGAGCUGCCCGAGCCCGAGGGCGACCCUGAGCAGGACGACGACCUGGACUGA